CGGCUAGCUUGAGUGUCAGGGGGAGAGCGGAGCCGGCUGCUGCACCUGCCUCCCGCCGCUCCGCGAUACAGCCCGUGUGGGCGCGGCAGGGGUUAAGGUGGGCGCCCGCGCCCGGAGCCCCGCGCCUCGCGCCCACCCGCCGGGAUGAGCGCGCAGUCCGCCCGCUCGCUCGCUCGGCGCCGGCCCAGGAGAAAGUGGCGGUCAGUGAUGGAGCUGCUGCCAUGACAACCCAGGCGGUCGGGGCCCGCGCGCUUCUGGACUGCUCCCGGGAGGAAGGCGGCGCGGAGGCCAGGGGCGGCCUCUGAGCGUGGCGUCCGCGCGUCCCCGCGUCCCGUGCCACGUCCCCGGAGGAGGCGGGGGCGCCGUCCGCCAGCUCCCCGUGAGCCCGGAGCCUGCGCCGGGCGGCGCUCCGCGGGCUGGCGACGCGGGCCGGGCUGGCCACCAGUCGCCGCCCGGGCUGCGGUGGAGGACGCCCACAGCACCGACGGAUCCUCGGGCUGAGACGGCCGCCGGUCCCCACGCUGGAACUUUUUGCCGCCUUUGGGUUCCAGAUUCGAGACUCGGGCUGGUCUAUAAAUACAUCUAUACAUGAGUGCCCGUGCGCAGCGGAGAUGCCACCUUCCCCAAAGCUAUGGACAACGUGACGGUCCGGCAGGGGGAGAGCGCCACCCUCAGGUGUACCAUAGAUGACCGAGUCACCCGGGUGGCCUGGCUAAACCGCAGCACCAUCCUCUAUGCUGGGAAUGACAAGUGGUCCAUAGACCCUCGUGUGAUCAUCCUGGUCAACACACCAACCCAAUACAGCAUCAUGAUCCAGAACGUGGAUGUGUAUGACGAGGGCCCUUACACCUGCUCUGUGCAAACAGACAACCACCCGAAAACUUCCCGGGUCCACCUCAUAGUGCAAGUUCCUCCCCAGAUCAUGAAUAUCUCCUCAGACAUCACUGUAAAUGAGGGAAGCAGUGUGACCCUGCUGUGUCUUGCUAUUGGCAGACCAGAGCCAACUGUGACAUGGAAACAUCUGUCAGUCAAGGAAGGCCAGGGCUUUGUGAGUGAGGAUGAAUACCUGGAAAUCUCUGACAUCAAACGUGACCAGUCUGGGGAGUAUGAAUGCAGCGCCUUGAAUGAUGUUGCCGCACCUGAUGUGCGGAAAGUAAAAAUCACUGUAAACUACCCUCCCUAUAUCUCAAAAGCCAAGAACACUGGUGUCUCUGUUGGUCAGAAGGGUAUCUUGAGUUGUGAAGCCUCUGCAGUGCCUAUGGCUGAAUUCCAGUGGUUCAAGGAAGAUACCAGGCUAGCCACCGGCCUGGGCGGCGUGAGGAUUGAGAACAAAGGCCACAUAUCCACUCUGACUUUCUUCAAUGUUUCAGAAAAGGAUUAUGGAAACUAUACUUGUGUGGCCACAAACAAGCUUGGGAACACCAAUGCCAGCAUCACACUGUAUGAAAUAAGCCCCUCAUCAGCAGUGGCAGGGCCUGGAGCAGUCAUUGAUGGUGUAAACUCGGCCUCUAGAGCACUGGCUUGUCUCUGGCUAUCAGGGACCCUCUUUGCCCACUUCCUCAUCAAGUUUUGAUAAGAAAUCAUAGGUCCUCUGAGCAACGCCUGCUUCUCCAUAUCACAGACUUUAAUCUACACUGCGGAGGGCAAACAAGUUUGGGCUUCUUUUUGUUUGUUUCUGUUCUUCUUGUUUUUUUGGGGGGAGGGUUGGUUUAUUUGAGUUUUUCUCCAGUUUGAAUGAGUGGGGUUGGGGGGAUGGGUGGGCUGGAUUCUACCAUGUUUAGGGUAAUCAUUCAUUGGUGUGUCCAAAAAUGGAAUCUAUCCCUGCUACCUGGGCCCUUUCCUUUCCUCUGCUCCUCUCCCCAUCAUCAUCACUAUGAACCUCUCCUCCCCUAACACACCAAACCAUAAGCUCCAUUUGGGCAAAAAACGUGCCUCAUGAUAAACACCCUGAAGACACAACUUGACUUACAAUGUAGUGCACAGCAAGAGUUAUAUCCAAGUGUCCUAUUAUCUGUGUCUUUUAAGCUUUGGGCCAUUUUCUUUAUUAUAAUGUACAUAUCCCUCCCUCCAUGUUUACUAUUAUCUAAUUACAUUGGGGUUCACAUCCUUUCUUUCUGGGAAGGUCUGAAUACACCCAUAUCCAUAUAUGUGUAUAUAUACACAUAUAUGGAUAUUCUUGUCACCUUCUCUAACCACUCUGUCCUAUUCACUUGCUCUAUCACUAUGUGGGUUAGAGGUUUGGGGCUAUUCACACAACCUAAAAGUAAAAGUUUAGAAGUCACUUGACCAAAAAGAGGGGAAGCAUUUUGACGACAGUACUUCUUUUUUAAAACUGCUAACUCAUAAAACAAAAUGAUCUAUGGAUGACUGAUUAUUUAGGGCUUAUCAAGCUAUCACAGGAAACAUAUGGUUAUCCAUCUACUUGACUGUGUGACUUAUCUCUCCCUCCAAUUAUCUACCCACCCAUCUUUCUCUGUAGCAAUCUAUUUACUCUAUUUAUCAAUCUAUCAAUGUAAUUAUCCAACACUUCUCUAUAUUUCUUCCCUACUACUCACUAUCAAUUCAUCACCAUAUUAAUUUCUAAUCAUAUUGUGUCUAUUUCACUAUAUUCAUUUCUCCUCUACCUUCAGCAGACACUGGCAUCUUCAAAAUUACCUAUCAACUUUCCUAUGAAAGCCAAUGGUCUCACAGGCUAACAGCAUAGAAAAGCAAUAUGUCGUGGACUCUUUGGAAGGUGAUAUCCCAUCCACCUUCCAAAGUAGAUGCCAUUAACAGAUGGACCAAAGUAGCAAUCUAAGGAUCAGUCCCUCACCAUUCCUGGAGUACUGUGUUUCCAAAAGCAUCUUCUUGGGAAGCAGAUCAGCCCUGGAAAGGCCUUGAUCAGUGCCAUGUUUUGUUUUGUUGUUGUUUUUUUUUUUCCUUUCAUAUUUGAAGGAUCAAGAUGCCAAACUUCAUGUUUCCCUCGGCCUUCCAAGAAAGUGUGUGUCAGAAACCUAUGGGAUUUACUCCAUGGCUGGCUUUUCUUAAUAGCAAGAACAGAAGGGAGGAAACACAUAUCUAUCUCUGCAGUGAAGAGAGAAGUCUACCUGUCUGAGUGCAAUGAAUUCAGCUAUUGUCUCCUCCCUCUUCCAGUUUUGGUUUAAUCUGUUUGAAAACUAUCCAGUAAAAAGCUGAUGAAAACCAAUUACAUGGCGGGUGUGUUGACAACUCUGGUAUUUGUUUCAGGAAGCUCUUCUGAGCUGAGGGCACUUGAGCAACUGACUUAAUUUCCAAGCACUUGAUUAACACAACACUGCAAACAGGAGGGGAAAGUGUAAGUGACACACAAUUUCCUCUGAUACAGGCUGCUUCUCCAGUGGCUUUGGGGAAGAAUGUCCUCAGUUUUCCAUUUUCACAGCAGAUCCAGCAGACAAACAAGAGCUAACCUGACGUUUAUGCAUCAUUUCCUGAGACAAGAAAGAUUCAGCCAACAAGGGUGCCUAUAAUCCAAAAGAAUGGCAUUGAAAACCAUGUAAGCUUAUGCCUCUCUUUACUCGUCCUGCAAGGACUGACCUUCUGAGAUGAUGAGAAAGGAAAGAAGCAUCAACAGUGACUAUCUCACAGACCUGUUCUGCCUCAGUGGGAAGCUUUCAGGUCCACACUCUAAAAAAAUAAUAAAUAUGAGCUUUAUAGAGCUCCAUUCCCUUAAUGCUUAAUUGAUCUUCUGCCUCCAAUAUAAAUGGCCUCUUUGUUUUGUCCAUAGUGGCACAUGAACAUGACAUACACAGUGGGGUAAUAUAUACUUAGAUAUGUAUGACAUACAUAGAUACCUACAUGUAUACAAAGGUAGGUAGUCUUGGCAUACAAAAUGCUAGGCACUUUUGUAAGAGUUGGAGAUGGUGUGAGUAAAAUUAAUAUUACAUUUGACAGCUAUAAACAGACAUCUGCAUUUCCUAGUGAGCUGCCAGGAGCCAGAUUCUGGGAAUAUAAAUGAUGUGCCAAAAGCAGUGUAUUGAUUCCAAGUUCCAGGGACAAUCAUGAGCAGACACAAAGUCAGAAUUAAAGGUCGGACAUCAGUGUUUCAGAUCUGUCAUCGCAUUCUGCACCUGGAGUCAGGUUGGUGUCAGACAUUGUAUGGGGAUUAAAUUCAUCAUUUGAGUGUUAUACUGAUAAUAAAUGUUACUUUGGAGUAAAAUAAAUGUGGAGGCUCUGGGGAGUAACACAGUGCUUGCUGUCUUGGAGAACACAGUGCUUGAAGUGGACAAGCUAUACAUGUUCUUCAUGUCAAGGUUGUUCUAGAGGAAGGGACCCAUCUUCCUCUGACCAGAAAGAUCACCAGAACCUUUUGAACAUGAUGAGGCUGGGUCUCAGAGUCACUAUGGAAUUCUAUGCUGCCCUCUUCCACUGGAUACCAGGAAGCACCUCUGGUGUUUGCCUAUUCCAACCAUGUUUUAGAGGGAAAAAAAAAUCCUACAGUCAAUACUCAUCUGUCUGGGAUAAAGAAAAUCAAGUAAAUAAGUAAAUAAACCAAGUGAAUAAAUGAAGAAAACUGGGCACUAGGAAAGAAAAUGGCUCUUCUUCACUAUAGACAUACUCCAGCUUCUGUGUUGUUUGGGUUACUUUUGUGGGGAUGGCUCCAUCAAACAGGAGCUGUUACCCAACAUUUGAAGAGUAUAGAACAUUAAAUGCUACUAAGGACAAUAUCCACACUCACACAUGCUUUUUCAGCUUCCAAUAUGGAGGGUAGAUGGAUAAUGCCUGUUGUAUAGAUUUUUUUUAAGGUGCCAGUGCCAAGAAUGGGGUAGGGGUAAAGAAGGAAGGUAAACGAAACUCUGAGCAACCUAUAACUCUCCAUGGGUUUUUCACAUGGGAAGGAAACCAAAUAAGACUUAUCAUCAGAUUAGGUGUGACAAAUUCAGCAAUGUACUUACUCUGAAACCUUCCCCCUUCCUAAAACACAGUUAAUAUGUAUUGCCACCAAAGUAAUGCCAAUGAAUGAGCUAGUGUUAAGGCUCUGGUCAAGCUUGUUUUUCAGUAGUUUAUUGUCAAGUGCCUGAUACAGUCAUCUGCAAGUCUAAGCAAAUGUGUUUAGUUUUUUUUUUUUUUUCAUUCUUGUUUUAACUGGGGGAGAGGGGACAUUUAGGUGAGCAGUGGUCAAAACAUGCACAUAUGUUAUGCAGGGAGCAUUGUGCACGGCUGUUCUACUGCAAUUGUGCUAGCUGAAAUGGAAGGAAAGUUAAGGCUUUCUAUGAAAAAUAGGCCUUGGUCUUUGUCCCCUGAAACCUAUGUCUCAUACUAGAUGAUACAUUCCACAGGUUGGGCAGUUUUUCUCAAAACCUGGGUGGGAAGUGUGCUCCACUGGGUGGAAGUGGACUCCAGAAACUCCACAACCAAGGCUAAAUUUAAGGGCCUGUUUCUGCAUGGAUCCAGUAAACUUGAUCUCAACAUGGAGAUGUUAACAAGUUCUCCUUAUUUUGGAAGAACUCUUAUGUGAAAAGAGCAGAGAAACUCCAAGUGGGCAGUCAACAUCAAAGAAAGCUUAUCAUUGCCAUCGCGUCCAGAAAUGGAAUGCUCUAGUUUUGGUUGGUGCUUCCAAUGCCAAAAGGAAUGUUCUUUCCUCUGUAGUUGUGUAUGGAUGUCAUCAGAGCCAUGGGGAGAAAGAGGGUAGGAGUGGCUCAAGAUAAGAUGGAUUAUGGGGGGAGGUUAUCUUUUCCAAUUUGACCCUGAGUCCUCACCAGGAACUAGCCCACUUUCCCUUCCCACCUACCCACCCCCCCCACCGCAAACAAACAAACAAACAAAAGCUUAUUUAAAGUAAAGUUUAAUAUAUUUGAAAUUAGGGAAAGGAGCAUAAAAUUCUUCUUGUUGGCAAAUUUACUUUUUUGUCCUUUUCUCCAAGAGCGAGGAUGUUUUGGUUUUGUUUCACCCAAGUUAUAUUCCUAGAAACUUACACCCAAUUGCCUCUUCUACCAUCCAGAACUUCCCUUUUGGUUUUAAGACAAAUAAGUUUGAGCAGUUGCAGUAAAACUUCACAGGUGUGUAACUAGGAAAGUAACAUUUUCAAAAGAUACCAUAUGAUGAGGACUCCUAAUGAUCACUAAAAGCAAACAAAUAAAAAUGCCACUCUCAUUUCCCUCAUUUCUUACUUAAAAGAAGAGAAGUAAAUGAAAGGAAGAAGAAACAGAUUUGCAAUUAAAAGAUAGGGCAGAAUGACAGAGCUGAACCAGUGCAAUUGAGCCUUCAGGUGCAGGAGCCUCAGAGUCCAAGGGGAUAUGGAGUGGACUUAAUUAGGUGCCAUUGUCUUCAUCCUAAAAGUAAGCAGCUAAGCCUCAUUUCCAAUAUUUUAAAGAGAUUUCUUUUUGUUUCUUUCAAUGGUGCCCUUUUAAAGGCAUACAAUUGUUCCAUGCCACUGAGUGGAGAAAGAAAGAUUGUGAACCCUCUACUAUCCUUCUAGGGCCGCAUUCUACAUUAUUGGCAGAUUUAUAAGGAUAUCAAUAAUAGCAAUGAUAAGUAAUAACAGCUGCCCUUGUGUUAGUUAAAGGGAGCAUUUUUAAUCAUUCAAAAAUUUUUGUGACCUGUAAAGUGCAGUUGUGAGGAAUGUGUGGGUGUACGAAAAUGUAUCUGUCAAGUUCAGAGUCCUUUAGAUUAAAAAAUAUAUAUAUAUAUGACUUAUCAAUGGUGCCGUUAUAGCUGUGUCAGACAAUGGGUGUGCCCAUUCUCACAAUUAUCCUUAAAACAAAUCUAUGUUUAAAUGCUUUAAAAAUUAUCACAUGAUACAAGAGUAUAACUUCUAGAGUUCUUUUUCUUUUAUUUUCUUUCUUAUUUUUUCCGUCAAAAAUCAAUGAAGACUUGAUUUCUGUCAAUAAUUGUAUUAAGGGUGAAUAUACUACCUGAAUUUUGUGCAUGUUACAUUGUAGUUGUAACCUUUUCUAAUUCAGGAUGAAUACGAGAUGGUUGUGAUUGUGCAGUGUAUCAAUAAAGUUCAAAGAAAUUUGUAA